UAAUGUCGGCUAAAAGGACCGUUAGAGCCGCUGAAUGUGACAGACGGCUUUCGGAGAGCGGAGUUGCUUUGUAUAUAUACUUAAUUUAAAACUUUUUUUUAUUUUAAAUCUAUUUUCUAUGGAAUGAGCCACUUCUUUAUAGUAAAGGAGUAUUUUUUUAUACGGUUUAGUCUGAGACGAGGAGAAUUCUGGGCUGGAUACCAGGACUGCUGAGCUGAUUGGUGACGUGAUCCUGCCAUGCGUGAAUACAAGCUUGUGGUGUUGGGCUCCGGAGGCGUGGGCAAGUCCGCACUGACAGUACAGUUUGUCCAGGGCAUCUUCGUGGAGAAGUAUGAUCCCACAAUAGAAGACUCCUACAGAAAGCAAGUGGAAGUGGACGGGCAGCAGUGUAUGCUCGAGAUUCUGGACACAGCCGGCACAGAGCAGUUCACGGCGAUGAGAGACCUGUACAUGAAGAAUGGCCAGGGCUUCGCUCUCGUCUACUCCAUCACAGCACAGUCCACGUUUAACGACCUGCAGGAUCUACGAGAACAGAUCCUACGAGUAAAGGAUACGGAAGAUGUGCCGAUGAUUCUGGUUGGUAAUAAGUGCGAUCUGGAGGACGAGCGAGUGGUGGGAAAGGAGCAGGGACAGAAUCUGGCUCGUCAGUGGAACCACUGUGCCUUUUUAGAGUCCUCGGCAAAAUCGAAGAUCAACGUCCUCGACAUCUUCUAUGACCUGGUCAGACAGAUAAAUAGAAAGACGCCAGUGGAGAAGAAGAAAGCGAAGAAGAAAUCCAACUGCGUGCUCCUGUAGUGUCGUCCUCCCGACGGCACCUCGGAGCCAAGACGCUGUAAUGAAGAAGCGUUGCCCCGUUUGGAAGGGUUUUGCCAUCCUCAGCGAGUGAAUCUACGGAACAGAGAUGAGCUUGAAGGAUACACAAAGAAAAAGAAAAACAAACACGUGGAGUCGUUGGUUGUUUUUUUUUUUGUUUUGUUUGUUUGUUUGUUUGUUUUUUUGUUUUUUUUGGAUUCCCAAACGUCUGAGGAGAAACGUUCGUUUAUCACAACCUGAGUAUGACUCAUUUUUCAGUAUUCCUCAGGAACACUGAGCAUGAUAUCUUCUGUAAAAAAUCCAACAAUAAACACACAGCAUCUUUCAUUUCAUUUCCAAACCAAACCAGCUUCAACCAGAGAUCCAGAGAGCUGAUUAAAUCACCCACAAACGACUCGGUAUUAAAGUAAGGACUUUAUAUAUAGAGGAAAAGGCUUAAUCCUACAACGGCAUCAAGAAAAGAGAGAAUUUUCAGGGGCUUCGGAAGGAAAUGCGUAACUGUGACCCAUAAUUUGGUCUCCUUACAUUUCAGUACCUGAAGAUUUAAUUCCUUUUUUUUUUUUUUUUUUUAAAUUUUAAACUCAAAACUGUCUUUAUGAAGAGUUCUCUUUUCCAGUCACAUUUCAGGAACUAAUUAUCCAUCUUUUCUUCUUCUUCUUCUUCUUCUUCUUCUGCUACUUCUUUUUCUUCUUCUUCUUCUUCUGCUACUUCUUUUUCUUCUUCUUCUUCUUCUUCUUCUUCUUCUUCUUCUUCUUCUUGUUGUUGUUUUAAUCUCAGCAUCAGCAUGACCACAUGAUGUAGAUGUUGUAAAUGAAAUGAAGUUCAAGUGUUGACUUUUUUUUUUUUCUUUUCUUUUUUUUUUCUUAAGUAUUUAAUUCUCAAAGCCAUUCGUGUAAAAGUUUAUAGACGAAGGUUCGUAAGCUGUAUGUAAUUAUACACCAUCUCCCUUUGCAUCAAAUAAGGACCUGACCCCUGACCUGUGACUGUUUUUGUACUUUAGUCGCUCGGCUUUCGUAGCUUCUUCCAUAAACGUAAUCUGAUAUUCUAUUUUUUUGGACGUGUAAGACUUUGCGCCUUUUUAUAGACAGGGGAGAAAAUGGGUAAAACGCCAGACUGAUUUGUAGGUCUUCUGAGUUUUGAAUAUAUUGUGCUAUAUCUCCUUUUAGUCCUUCUCAUGCAUUUCUGUCAGAAGUCUUUCUGGCUUAUAUGGUUGAUAAAAAUCAGAUAAUUUAGCUUUUUUUUUGUAUAAAGUUAAAUCUCUUUUUUUUUUUCUGUUUUUUGAAGAUUUGACUUGUGUGAAAACUGAGUUUGUCACCAUCACGUGUCAUUAUUUAGAUCUAAAAUUUUUUAAUGAUUUUUAAAUUUAGGUUAUAAUUCUGGGUGGUAUGUCAUGAAUAAAACACUUGAUGAGAUGGGAAAGUAAUCAAUAACGAGGUGGAGUUGAUUAUUUUCUAAUAAAAGCAGGUCCGGAUGAAAGAACUCCAGGAGAAAGUCCGUGCCUGUGGUUUAGCUAUCACCGAGGAACGUAUGAAAAGAUCAAUAUUGCGUUCAUAAUGCAUUAUAAAAACAUUUUUAACAUGUUCGAUAGCAUACAACCUUAAAACCUUAUCCUGCUUUGUAUACGCUUGUAAUUAUAUUCAUUAGUAGGUAUGCAUAAUACUUUAUAAAGCAUGUGUAUAUACGACUUCAUAAUGUCAAGUUACAUAAUGCAUUAUAAAUUCUAUUCAUAAGAACAGUACGAAUGUACAUGAAGAAAGAACAAUGCACAAUGUUAUGCUAUAAUGGUACUACAAUGCAGGUUCUGGUGAAGUAUCUUUACUGAAGGUUAUGAUGCAUACCCUGUGUUAUAGCCAGGGUGUGUGCAUUUUUCUUAUGAACAGAUGAAAUGCGUUCAUUGUAAAUCAUACACUGAAGCUUUAUAAGUGUUUGCUUGUAACCGUAUCUACUUAUGAGCAUUUAUACAAACUCAUUCCAGGCAGUAUAAUGUAUUACGCAUGCUUUAUAAUACAUUAUGAAUACAGCAUACAUAUGAAGUGUUACUGAUUUAUUUUAUUUUUUUUAUAUGGCCGUAACUUCCAGAACAUCUCUAUAGAAAGUUUUGCUUAUGAACAGAUAUAAUGUGUAAUUUGACAUAUGGUUAAGUCAUACUGUUAAGCUUUAUAAAUUGUAUGCAUGCAAUCAUAACUACUUCUGAGCAUUUA